AUGCUGGGGUUAAUCGUGUUGCUGGCGAUAGUCCUCUCCUUGCUCUUACCGAGCAUCCCCAUGGCCAUCUUCGACGCCUUCGCCGACAGCGUCGCCGACGUCGCCAACGAUCUCGCCUACAAGGCUGCCAGAAAGUUCAUCGAAGAGUUCUUCGAGAGAGUAAAACCGUGGCUGGUCGUCUUAUCCUUUCUAUUCUCCUACUUCUCUGGAGUCAGAGCCACCAUAAUCUACGACAUCGGCUACAACAUCCAAGAUUACGUCUUCUCCGACUUCGGGAUGCUGGACACCAUCCGCCUAUUAUGGGCACUAUACGACGCUAUCUUCGGCGAUGCCGAUUCCACGGGGUUUGAUGUGAUGCGGCGGAUACUUUUUCUGGUCUUCAAUAAAUAG